AAGGGUCAAGCUCAUAGGAUGACGUCGCUUUUUAAAAUCAUUGUUAACAACGGUAACGGUAACCGAGUCAGAGUUCUUUUCUGGGGACAAAAAGCUACGGAAUUUUCUGAGAUUCUUUGCAUACGUAACGUUAUCUCUAUUACCCGUGCAAGAGCGUCAAAAGCAAAUAAAAGAUUUAAUAACUUAGCGGAUGACGUUGGACCAAUUGAGUUGUCGAUUACUAAUGCAUCGACAGUUCAAGUCGCAACCGAUUUUUUUCCCGAUGACAUUGAUAAUUCAACACCAAGAAUUGUUAAACUCGAGGAUGCUCCAAAUGAGCGCGGUCGACUGUCUGUUUCAGGUUGGUUAAAAUUACCAUUUGCUCCUGUGGUAUCAUAUGGAUCUACGAUUGGCAGUGGGGUUCUUAUAAAUGGUAAAUUUCAAUUGCGUGUCCAGGUAUUAGAUUAUCGGACUCCCAUUACUAUUGCUCAAGGGGCUCACGUUACCAUAAUUUGCGAGUCUGGGUUGGACAGGAGUCUAUCAUCAUCUAUUUUGAAUGUUCGCGUCAGUGCGGAUGUCUCUCUUGACGUUGUUAAACCACCAUUAACGAUUAUCGAAAUGAAAUGUAUGGGGCUGAUAACUCCUUCCAAGCGCAAAGCUACUGAAGACCCUAACGUCAUCUCUAAAAGACUUGUAGUAGGAUAAGUCCACAUUGUGUUAUGUUGUGUGGCGUAAUUAAUAUACUUAAGUAUUCUUACACGAGUAUUUUUUUCAAGUAUCAAAGAGAGCAAUAGUUAUUUUAAUAUCUUUUAAUUCUAAUAAUCGUUUCGGUUGUUUAAAUAUGUAUGUGCCGGGCUUCGUUUGACGAGAAAUUUAGUAAUCAAAAUCUUAUGAUAGAUGGUGCGUGCUGAAAUAUUUGUUUUUGCGUUCCUAAGUUUUUUUUCAAUCAUUGUUAUUUUA